AUGGACGCCGACACUCUUCAGAAUUUUGCUGCGCCCGUCCAACCCAUUCAGUUCCCUGCAUACGCCGCCGGCACCGCAGGAGCUGUUUCAGAUGCCGCUGCUGAAAAUGCAGGAUACGCUCCGGCUGACUCCACCGAAGCCAACAUUCAAGCCUUGGGCAGGAGCAUGCAGAAUGGAAAUUCAACUUCCCCAAGACAGACGCGCAGACAGAGCAGUGCAGUGAAGAGCGCCACCACCAGUCCAGCUCAAUCCACGCGUAGUCCACAGCAGACACGCGUGUCCGUCCAGACUCGAGCCUCUCAAAACGCUGCUUCGACACCCUCUCGACAGGCGAGCAUCACCACGGCACCAGCCGUUCCUCCUCAGGUUCAAGCGACUCCCGUGCAUCAGCGACCCGACAAUUUUCAAGAACAAGAAGAUAUGUCGCAGGCGACCCAAAACAAGAGUAAUCUGGUCUGGAAGAACUCUACAUCCUCUUUCCCGAAUGGAACUCCCACUCUCACUCGAUCCCAGUCAAGACAAUCGCAGGUCUACACCACGCCUCAAGGACUCAUCCACUCAGACCCAUGGGCGUCGCACCACCAUUCUGCUCCUCAGAACAAUAACCCCUCGGAUAAUGACCCUGAAACUGAUCCCGCCGUCGCUGCAAAUCCUUUUAGCGACACCUUUCCUUUGAUCCCAAACCCACCCGAUCUUGACGAAUGGCGUCACAAACUCUUCAACAUUACCGAGCCUCUCGUGCUGUCGGAGGAAGAGUUCUUGACAUACUUUCCACAUGUAGAUAACGUGUAUUCGCAUCGAUCUACCCAGAAAUACAAACGCAAGGCAUUUGUCAGUCACUACUGGGACUGCCGUCUCAAGGGUCGUCCGAGUGGAACGCCCAAGAGUGACGAUCCGAACAAGAAGAAGCGCAAGCGCCAGGCCCGUGAACGAGACCUUUGCGAUGUCAAAAUCAAAGUGACCGAAUACUUUAGCGACGAGGAGGCCCGGAAGCAGGGUUUGAAUCUCAUCGGAGCCGACAUGGGCGGCGCGAUGAACGGCACGGCUCGUAACAGUGUGGGGGGGAAUGACAUGUCCGUGGGAGAGAACAGUGAAUUGACCAUCGUCCUUGAGGAUGGAGUGAAUGGCAAUGGCGCCCCAAAUAGUGCCAUCGAUCCAAACUUCGGCCUGCUCGAACUCCCUCGCCGUCUGCCCAAGGACCACCCAGGCGCAGAUGGAAAGCGAUGGUUCACGAUCCAGCGUGUGCGAGGCAAUCCUGGUGGUGGGGCCGUCAAAGAGAAGAAAGAUGGAGAACGCGAGGAUGAAGACGAAUCAGUUCUUGAUCCCAAUCUGGAUCUCGAUCACAAACACACCCUGGAAGAGAGCGACCGAAUCAAGAAGAACAGCGUGCAGAGGUGGUUGUUGAAGGAAGAGAAAGAGAAGAAACGAUUGAGUAAACCCCCCACGACAAUGUCGACCGGAACAUCAACUACAAACACCGAAUCUAGCAGCCCGACCUUCCGUGCUAGUGGCCUCGCCUUCUUCACGGUACGAAGCCAUUCGGGCCCGGUGCCGUCCAAGAUUACCUUCUUCGCCAACAGUUUUUGCCCGUUCGCUCAACGCAUUUGGAUCGCGCUCGAGAUCAAAGGCGUGCCUUACCAAAUGGUUGAAGUCAUGCCCGCGCACCUGGACACGUACCGUCCACCCGAGAUGCUUGAGGUCAACCCUGACGGCCAUAUUCCUUGUAUCCGCCAUGGCAACUGGGGUGUCUGGGAAAGCGGUGUCAUCUUGGAAUAUCUCGAAGACCUAGCCAUGGGACACAGCUUGCUACCACUGGGAAAUCCACAGCUCAGAGCACAUUGUCGCUUGUGGACAGACCACAUUAACCGCAAGAUUCUACCGAACUUCUACAGUUUACUCUUUAUCCCGCCACCAGGUCCGCCGCAGCAACAAAAUCCCAUAGACGAGAUGCAUUUGGAUGGCCAAGCACAAGCCAAUGCAGCCACCGCUGCACAACACUCAAUGCUCAUCGCCACCUUGCAAAAGAACAUCACCUCGCUGGUUAACGCAUCACAUGCCACCGGUCCUUUUUUCCUGGGCAGUGAGAUUGGCUUUGUGGACGUCGUCUUUGCGCCGUGGAUCAUCCGCUUGUCGCGCGUGCUCAGCUAUUACCGCAACUUCCCACGUCCGGAGGUUGGUACGCGUUGGAGACAGUGGGUGGAUGCCAUUGAAGCUGAUGACCGCGUGAGACGUACCGUGUCGGAUGAGAAUUCCUACCACAGCGUUUAUCGUGGUGUCGGAGAGGACGGUUGGGACUCUCUCACGGCACGCGACGGCCACGGGCCCAGAAAAGCCAUUAUCGAAAUCCAGUAUGCUAAGCGUGUCGUUGCCCAGGAAGGUUUCGGACUUGGUGGCGACGUCUGGGGGAGACUGUCAGAGGACCAUGCUGUGCAAGAGAAGCAGAAUAUGGAGGGCUCAGCGCUGAUGGUAUCGUGA